AGAUAAACAAUAUCUUCUAUGAUUAAACUACCACUGGAUUUCUGCAAGUCAGAUUACUGGAAUCACUGAGAUUGAUUUUAAAAGACACCCUCCCAGGACUGCUCUCCGUCUGCUGUUCAGAUCCAUCCUAGAGAGUGGAACGUUCGCGCUCUGCCUUCAAGAUGCAUCUCAGUGCAGCAGAUCACCGCCUCCCUCUCAGUGAUGGAAACAGCAUUCCCAUCAUUGGGCUUGGCACCUUCUCAGAACCUCAGGCGACCUAUAAGGGACUCUGUGCAACAUCAGUGAAGAUUGCCAUUGACGCAGGGUACCGACACUUUGAUGGGGCCUACGUCUACAAAAAUGAGCACGAAGUGGGCGAAGCCCUCAGGGAGAAGAUUGCUGAAGGAAAAGUGCGGCGGGAGGACGUGUUCUACUGUGGCAAGCUGUGGGCCACAAACCUUGACCCAGAGAGGGUGAGGCCAGCCCUGGAGAGGACACUCAAGGUCCUCAAGCUUGAUUAUGUGGAUCUUUACAUUGUUGAACUGCCCAUGGCCUUCAAGCCUGGUGAUGAAAUCUAUCCCAAAGAUGAGAAUGGUAAAUGGUUAUAUCACAACAUAAACCUGUGUGCCACAUGGGAGGCUUUGGAAGCUUGCAAAGAUGCUGGCUUGGUGAAAUCCCUCGGAGUCUCCAACUUCAACCGCAGGCAGCUGGAGCUCAUCCUGAACAAGCCAGGACUCAAGUACAAGCCGGUCAGCAACCAGAUCGAGUGCCAUCCAUACUUCACUCAGCCAAAACUGCUGAAAUUUUGUCAACAGCAUGACAUUGUCAUUAUUGCGUACAGCCCCUUGGGGACUGCUAGGAAUCCGAUGUGGGUGAACACGUCUUCCCCGCCUUUGUUGGAGGAUGCACUGCUAAACUUACUCGGGAAAAAGUACAAGAAGACAGCAGCCCAAAUUGCUCUGCGCUUCAACAUCCAGCGAGGGGUGGUUGUCAUUCCUAAAAGCUUUAAUCCUGCAAGGAUCAAAGAAAACUUUCAGAUCUUUGACUUUUGCCUUACUGAAGAUGAGAUGAAGAACAUUGAAGCCUUGAAUAAAAAUGUCCGAUAUGUGGAAUUGCUCAUGUGGAGAGAUCAUCCUGAAUACCCAUUUAAUGAUGAGUAUUGACUUCAGAGCACCCCUGAGCAGACUGUUCCUCCCCUUGAGCUUGCAGACUUUGGGCUGAGUGGUUCCCAAAGAUGUGGACAUGACAAGGGUUUCACUGUCCUCAACGUGAUAAUGAAAUUAUGCCUAACUUUUGUGUAGUGUACGUGACUUUGAUUGAGCUAGACUUAAUGUAAGUAGUUCAAAUCUGAUGAAGUAACUAUUCGGAAAUUAUCAGCUAGAAAUAUUUAGAUUGAUGUCUUCUAUAUUUCAGACUGAAAGAUGUAAAGACUUUAAAGACUUAGAAAAGUUUUAAAAGAUAGCAUUUAAAAACAGUAACUCAUGAAUCUGCGCACUAACAUUUAGGAGUUUGAAUUCUUCAGUAGUCAACAUGAUAAUCAAAAGUGGGGACACCUAGCAGACAAUGCACACAUCAUACACUAUUGACAAGGAAGUAAUUUUUCCCACGUGAGAAGAAAUAGAAGGCAGAAUGCAGAAAAGUCUAAAGAUACAGCCACGUCAUCAACACAGAGGUCAGCAAAGUCCUCAUGAUCUUGGUGUAAUGCAGUUUUGUUCCACCCACUAUGUGUUUCUAUAGCAUUUAUGCAGCACACAGAAUGGAUUUUUACCAGUUCUCUCUGGCGUCCUUAAUGGGCUUUAGGCUCCAACAAAACUGCAACGGGUCACCCGCAGGGGCUCUGUCUUAUCCCCUCACACACAAUCAUCAAAAACUGUUGCUGAGUGAAGUGACUUGCAAAACCAACAUCACAAAUAAACUCUAUCAAAAAAUCAUUCCAACACUGCUGUUAUAAAAGCAAGUACUUAAAAGGUUUUAAGAAAUAUAAUGAAAGACAGUCAUGAAGUUACUAUGCUUAUGUAAUUUUUACGUAAUUUUUAAGAGAGCUAUUGCGAAAGUCAUAUAAAUUUUGAGAAAGUGGCAAACUGAAAAUACCAUUAGCAAUUUACUGUCUAUAAAUUUUCUAAAAAUACACAAGAUUAUUAGAAUUCAGCAUUACAGACUUAACUUUUCACUUAAACUAGAUCAAUUAUUUGUUCACAAUAGAUCAUUGUCCUAGGAUGAGAGAACUUUUUAAAAAUUGCAGGUUUCAGAACAAAUUCUUUUCAUCUCCAUUGCAUAAGCACGUAUGUUACUGCUUAAAAAAAGUCUGAUACUAUACUUUCCAAUGGUUCUAACACUAAGAAAUGUAUAAUGCUGUCAUGUGGAAAAUAAUUUGUUCACAAAAGAAUAAUAAAGUAUGAUGAUCUUUUUUCCUCAA